UUUAUAUUAUGUAUCUAUUAAGUAUUUGUAUGUAUGUGUUCGUCCAGUAAUAUCAUUUAUCACAUAUCACAUUUGGAAAAAUGUUUUAUUGAUAAUGACUUUAUAUUUUAUUUUAAUGAACAUAUUUAGACACAGCUGCAGGUAGGUACAUACAAUACGUCUAUACAUAUACUAGGCUAGACGGUUAAAACAUGAACUCCAUCGAAGGCUCUGAGACCAGCUACAACUUGCCGACUGGCAGUUGCUUAACAAUGAUCAGAAACUUAGUAUCUCAAUUCAACGACCUGUUCAGCGAUUUCAAUCGAUACAUCUCUCCAGCCUACCACCACGACCGAUGCGAACGAUCAGUACAUAUGCGUUUGUAUUCAAUGAACAAACGGGAAUUCGUAAUGGUUUUCAUCGUCCUGUUGACGGCCAUGGGACUAGUGUUAUUCAUCGGUUUGACGGGACCUCCAAUCACACUGACGAGUAAGAUAAGCGGAGUCGAAGUAUUGAAGCACACAAACGGAUCGUUGCCACAGGGCCCAUUCGUCAUGAAAACUCCCAGUCUGUCGGUGUACAAUCAACGAUUAUGGUUAAUCGCAGUCGUGCUGACAGACAACAAAGACGAUGAGACUUAUGAUAAAAGUUUCAAAAUCAGCAUGACAAUCAAGGGGAUCACUCCACAGCAUAAAACCACUGAUAUAGUAAAAGUAUUUAAAAACAACAGGACAAGACACUUACUUUGUAAACAACAGAUAUGUAGCCAAGUGCCUAUUGCUCAUAUUGGUUAUAUACACUAUACUCAUUAUAUGUUUGAGGUAGAUUUUUAUAAUCUAGAGACUUUUCAUCAAAAGUACCAAGUAAAAGAAGUCAUGUUUUAUUACAAAUCGUAUAACCCGGGCUACACCCAAAUGGAAAUAUGGUUCAGACUAAUUUAUUUACUCAGCGCUUUUGGAGUGCUUUGUUGCUUUGCAAAUUCAUUAAGGAAAUUUCCAGUAGUAGAUUGGUCAUACGAACAAAAAUGGACUGUUGUUUUAUUGCCACUGUUAAUAUUAUUUAAUGAUCCAAUUUUUCCUUUGACGCUUCUCACAAGCAAUCAAUUAAUUGGAAUGUUAGAUGGUGUCUUCCAAAUAACAUUUAUCUGUGCAAUUUUAUUUUUUUGGCUUUGCAUUUAUCAUGGACUACGCCAAAAUGAAAGAAAACCGAUUACAUUUUAUCUACCAAAAGCAAUUUUAGUAGGCCCAUUUUGGAUAUGUGGUGUUAUAAUGGCCAAAUAUCGUCGAAUGAAUGAAUUUGAUGAUCCAGCAUUUAGUUAUGAGAUUGAUUCUAGCGCGUACACUAAUAUCAAGACCUGUGUAGGCAUUUUUGUAAUCAUAUACAUAGUAUAUUUAGUAUGCCUGAUUUUGAGAGCAUACAGUGAUUUGCGUUCAAUGCCAUAUUUUGAUGCUAGACUGAAAUUUGUAACUAUUUCAAUGGUCAUAUCACUUGUAAUAUGUUCAACCAUAACACAUAUGCAAUAUGGACUUGGAUUGAUUGAAGAUUCAUUUGCUGCUGACUUAAACACGGAGUAUAUGACGUCAGCAUUAUUUAUGACCUUUUAUGGUAUAUGUAAUUUCUAUGUGUUUACUUUGGCCGCUGUUUACUCCCCGACAAAAAAACCAGGAUUUGAAUCUUCAAUAACAAAAGAUAAUCCUGCAUUUUCAAUGGUUAAUGAUUCUGAAGAAGAUAUACCAUAUGGUUCAGAUGAAGAGAGCCACAAGCCACUAAACCCCCCAAAUGAUGACAGUGAUUAAUUGUUUUCAUAUAGUUUGUUUGUACAUAAAAUCUAUUUGGUCUUAAAUAAACUUUUUCAUGUUCAAUUUAAUUAAAAAAGCAAUUUUUCAAAAUAAUUAUAAUUUAAAAUAUUUGUU